AUGUGGUAUGUGAACUGCGCUUGUGACAGUGAGGAACAGAACCUGGGGGCAUUUCAGUACAGAGGGGGGAUUGUGUAUCGCUGCUGUAAGCCCAUCGCCCCUGGAGAGGAGCUGCUUGUUUGGUAUGUAGAGGACUACGCCACAGACCUAGGCAGCAGCUUCAACUAUCUGUGGGACAUCAAGAGAGGCGCCAAAGAGGUAACUGUGUCUCGGGUGUUCUCAUGCUCCCUGUGUCCAUUUUCCUUCACGACUGAAAUCUACCUCCACAAGCACAUGAAGAGGAGCCACACGGAUGAGCACAUGCGUCUGCUUAUGUCUGGAGAGGUCAGAACAGAGACUCUGUGUGGCAAGUGUUUCACUGAAGGUGGAAAUCUGAAAAAACACCAGCGCAUUCACACAGGAGAGAGGCCGUACCACUGCACUCAGUGUGGCAAGAGUUUCACCCAAGAGGCACAUCUCAAACUACACCAGCGCAUUCACACUGGAGAGAGGCCGUACCAUUGCACUCAGUGUGGCCAGAGUUUUACUCAAGAGGAUUUUCUCAAACGACACCAGCGUAUUCACACAGGAGAGAGGCCGUACCACUGCGCUCAGUGUGGCAAGAGUUUCACUCUAGAGCAUCAUCUCAAACUACAUCAGCGCAUUCAUACUGGAGAGAGGCCGUACCGUUGCAUUCAGUGUGGCAAGGCUUUUACUCUAGAGCAUCAUCUCAAACGACACCAGACCAUUCACACAGGGGAGAGGCCAUACCACUGUACUCAGUGUGGCAAGAGUUUCACUGAAAGGGGAGAUCUCAAAAAGCACCAGCGCAUUCACACAGGGGAGAGGCCAUACCACUGUACUCAGUGUGGCAAGAGUUUCACUGAAAGGGGAGAUCUCAAAAAGCACCAGCGCAUUCACACAGGAGAAAGGCCGUACCAAUGCACUCAGUGUGGUAAGAGUUUUACUCACGAGCAUCAUCUCAAACGACACCAGCUCAUUCACACAGGAGAGAGGCCGUAUCACUGCACUCAGUGUGGCAAAAGUUUCACUCUAGAGCAUCAUCUGAAGCUUCACCAGCGCCUCCACACAAAAGAUGCUGUACCACUGCACUCAGUGUGGCCAGAAGUUCACUCAUGA